GUCGUAAGAACGUGGUUGAACGUAAACAACUUUAGGAGUUUGCUGAUAUUUCUCAAAGUAGAAUAUGACACGCAUCGUGUUCACAUUUUAUACAUUUCCAACAAGUUCAUAUUCGAAAAUGGCUGGAAAUUAAGAACUAACUUUUUCCCAAAAAAUUGUUAAGAGUUAAGCCAGCAAAGAUGUGGAACUGUAAGGUGUUGAUUCCUCCACCAUACUGUGAAAUGAAAACAUUACUGAAACCAGCAGAAAAAGGAUGUUUAUUAGAAGCCAGGAAGUUUUUAAAGAAAUCUGAUGGACCAAUAAAUGACCAUAUGAAGUUAAUGACAGCAGAACUGUACAUGACAAAACGUAUCAUUUACAAACUGAGUAACCAGUUCAGGAGUGACAAAGGUCUGAAAACUCUUAAACAGGUUCAUACAUGUCUGAAACGUCUUGAAAUAGUAAACAUAGAGAAACAGUUGGCUGAUUCCUUACAGCUUAUUGACAAAGUUUGCAGUGGAGAUGAGACAGAAUUUUUUUUACCAUCUCGUCAGGUGAUCGAGUACCAGCUGGUGAUAUUACAGGGUGCUGGUGCCCUGCUCCGUCAGACUGUGCAAUAUUGUCAGAAGUCAUUCAUACAUGUGAGACAACAUUUAGAGUUGGGCCAUAUGAUACCUCAGAACAUAGCCCUGCUAGCUCUCAUCUCCAGAUUGUGGUAUGUGUGUAACUCUCUAGGUCUCUACGUAUGUAAAUGGUAUGGAAAGUUGUACUCAUGUCUGAACAUCUUUAGAUAUACAGCUGUACCAUGGUUGCAGAAUGAGGAAUUACCAGAAGAUCUUUCAGAAUGGUUAACUGAAUUAUUUGGAGAUGAGCCACUACCUGAACAAGACUUGAUGAAAAAUGUUAAAGUUGAGAAAGAGAGUGGCAGUUUACCACAAAGUGUGGAAUUUCUGGAGGCAGCCUAUCAGGAAGAUCUUGGAGAACCAAUACAGAGGAAACAUUUAGUUCAAGAGCCAUAUCUCCUUCCAGACAUUGAAUCAUCAGGAACUGAACAUAUUCUUUCCAGUAGUAGUAAAAGGAAAUUUGAAAUAGACACUGUAGAAAAUGGGGUAAAACAAACUCCAGUAGGAAAGAAACAAAAACUAUCUGUUGGUAACAAAAACACUGGUUUUAAACCAGAGACAGAGAAACAGGAAUCUACAAUGAAGUAUGACAUUGAUGAACCGUCAACAGAUAUGGCAAGUAAAAAGAGAGAGAAGGAAGAACAGCUGAGUGCAAACUUAACAGACACAGAUACUGUAGAUGAUAAACUGACUGUAAAAUUACCUGAAGUAAACAUAAGCAGUAUACAGAGUAUGAUAGCACAUUUGGAAACUGUUCUCCUUACAUAUGAAGAUGUUGACAAUUUUGUCAAGCAAAUUAAGUCUGGAACAUUCGAGGUAUGUGGAACUUGCUUAAAUUUUUCCAAAGUGGGAAAGAAAAAGAUAAUGAAAAAAAUAUACAUUUUGUACAGGUUGAAAAAUCUGAUGAAGGAUAAAGAUUCAUCAUCAAAGACAGAGAAAAUAUUCUUGAAAAAAGUGAGAGGAUCUUUAAGUGAAUUAUUGGUGAAGCACAAUCAAACUACAUUGGGAGAGGCAAAGAAAGAGAGAACUGUGUUAAAAUCUAGUCAGGCAUUAGAUGUUAAAAAUAGAGACAUGUCUUUCUUACCUCAAGGUAGUGAAAUGAAUGUAUUGGAAGAUGAACCACUAGAUGUGAAAGAAAUCAAUGAUGUGAAGGAACAUGUAGAACACCAAAACACUGUUAAGAAGAAAAGAAAAAAGAAGAAAAACAAGAUGAAAACAGAACUGAACAGUAAUGCUUUGACUGAAACAGAGUGCGUUAUGAAAACGAAGGACAAAAUUCAGACUGCUGUAAAAACUACUUCUUCUAAAAAGAGGAAAAAGAAAUCAAAGAGAAAAUGAAUGAUUAAAUACUUGAUUUGUAUGUGAAUAAAUUUAGUUAUACCCACCA